AUGGCCGUAGCUGGACGGGGCGGCCGCGCCACCGCGCUACUCCUGCGGGCCCCCGCGGCGCCGAGGCCUUGGCCGCCCGCGGGGGCGGGGGCGGGCGCGCGGUGCAUCCACGAGGGGCCAGACACCAUCGAGGAGCUGCUGGACCGGCACCUCGUGAAGAAGCCCGCGGCGGGCCCGGACGAGGAGUCGGCGGAGGCGCGGCGGCGGCUGACGAGCUCCCGGCGGGAGGCGCUGUCCCUGUACCGGGACAUCCUCCGGGCGGCGCGGCUCUUCGCGUGGCCCGACGACCGCGGCGUGCCGUGGCGGGAGGUGCUCCGCGCCAACGCCAGGCGCGAGUUCGAGGAGGCCCGCGGGGAGCGUGACCCGGAGGUGGUGGCGCGCCUCCUCAUCGGCGGCCGCGACGCCGUGCAGCAGGCGCUCGACCGCCUCGCCGACGCCUCACGCCGCGCGAUCGAGGCCGAGGAGGCCAAGCGCCGUGGCGGGGCGUAG